AUGCCACCCGGCAAUGCCACUCUCCAAUCUAGGCUAGCAAGAGUGAAGCAGCCCCAACCUAGUGGACGUUACUGUUACGACAUAUCUUCUGAUGAGAGCGAUAUUGACGCGGGGGAACGUAUGCACACUGGCCAUAUUUCAUGGAAUACUAUUUAUACCGAUGAGUCUAGUGAAAGUGAUGCAGAAGAGGAUAUGCAGCGCCCAAGUCGACGCGAUGUUGUAGAAAUUCGACUUGCCAACGAGCUUGAUCCGUGGGAUAAAUGGGAGCAGAUGUGUCGCCGACGUGCGUGGCAUGCUGUGCAGCACCGUGGAAAGGCCGAAACGACAACCACUGCAGCAACCCCUGCAGCAGAAUCCAGCGUCGAUGAGAUACAAGAGCUUCUUUCGCGAUUUCAAUUGCAUCAAUUGUCUGUGCAAAAGAAAGAACGCGAAGCUUUUGAGCAGCGGAAUGCCAGCCUCUGGGAGGGCAUUGACAGGGCUAUCCGUGAUGCCGAGCAGCGUGCCGCUGAGGAAGCCGAGCAGCUUGCUAAUGCAAGACGACGUCAAGAAGAAGCUGAAAGGCAAGCCAAGAUUGCUCGUGAAGCUGAGCUUAAGCGUAUCGAGGAAGAGAAUAAAGCAGCUGAAAAUAGAAAACAUGAAGAAGAGGCUCGGAAGCAAGAAUACGAGCAGCAACAACAAAAGGAACUUUCCGACAAUGCAUUCCGAGGUGGUCAGCACCUAUGGCCCAUUGCUAAAAGAGAAUAUGAAUACUGGCGCUCUUACAUGACUCACAUUAAAGAAGAGGUUCUACCUAGCAUUGCUAGGAAUGCAGACUGGAAAAAGCAGUGUUUCGCAGCCAAACGUGCCAUCACACCCAAAGUGGGCCAGCUCACCAAUUCGAAAGCAGAGAUUUCCCGCAUUACACUCGCUAUUGCAGAUGUGCUACAACAAGCUCGAGACGUGCCUGAUAAGGAUGCCGCAAAUCGGUUACAUCUAUGGAUGUUGAACCACUUGUCCAAAUGUCUGAUUCGCCAGGCUGAGCAAGAAGUGGCAGCUCGUCAAGAAACUGCCUUUCCUCUAGCUCGGCUUGUCUUGGGUAUUCUUCUCCGUGGUCAUGCAGAACUUGGUAAGGCUGCGCAAAGCGUACCCGAACUGCUCCGCCCCGGCCCUCUGCCUUGA